UGCUACGCUUCAACUUCACAGCCACCGUGAACGUCUAGUCCAAGUGUGCGACAACAUGAGGAUUUGGUUGGUCGUUUUCCUAUUUUGCGCCUUGGUCUGGCAGUCAGAAGCCUGGAGGAGGCGUCGUCGUCGUAGGACCACUUCUAGGUGCUGGUCGUGGCCGAGUAAAGGGACUCACGUGACACGUUACGGAUGUAGCUGGCCUUUCCACCACGGGGAGACCUGUAACUUCGCCUGUAAGAGUGGCUACGGCUACCACAGCGGCAGCUCCAGUCGGCAAUGCAUUAACGGGGCUUGGACUGGAUCCAAGUACAUCUGCAGGCGCUGUACCUUUCCACCCCUCAUGAUCAAUGCCGUAAGGACGGGGUGUGCAUGGCCGUACCUGGUUAAUGAGCAGUGCAACUUCGCCUGUAAGUCCGGCUACACCUACGUCAGCGGCAGUUCAAUCAGGACUUGCCAGAACAACAAUGGGCUGACGGGACAUUGGACUGGAUCAACCUACAUAUGCAAGAAACGCUGUCUUUUUGGACCAACAUUGCCUUGGCAUAAUGUUGUAAAGUUUAACUGCGGCUCGCCCUACGACAUCGGAGAGACGUGCGACUUCCAGUGCAAGCCUGGAUACAUAUAUGACAGCGGAGACGCCCAGAGGACAUGCACCACAAGUGGUUGGGAUGGUUCUCCUUACAAAUGCAAAGGCGAGUAUACAUAUACGUAG